AUGGCGCUUCACGACUCCAAGAACGAAGCCAGCGCUCACAUCGAGAUAGUUGAUGCCCACAAGAAAGCUGCCAGGCCGGUGGUUGGCACCAUCAGGCUGUACGACGAGGAUGGCAUUGUGCUGAUCCCAACACCGAGCAGAGAUCCCAAUGAUCCUCUAAACCUUCCAAAAUGGCAAAAGUACAUCAUCCUGAUCAUCGUCGGCCUCUACGCUGCCACCGGAAACCUGAUGGCCAGUGGCAUCACCGCCAUCCUACCCAUCGUACAAGCCUCGUACGGCGGCGACCCAAAGACCAGCGACCUCGCAACCUGGCCAGCUUUCUACAUGGGCGUUGGGAACCUCCUCGCGAUCCCCGUAGCCCAUGCCAUUGGCCGCAGGCCAGUCUAUCUCAUGUCGACCAUCGUGCUCUCCUUCGGCUGUCUCUGGUGCGCGUACAGUGGAAGUCUGGAGUCGCACAUCGCAGGCAGGGAUGUCAUGUCGAUUGCCGCCGGCCAAGCUGAAGCGCUGUGCCCCAUCAUUGUACAGGAGAUUUUCUACCUGCACGAGAGAGGCCAUGUCAUUGCGUGGUUCUGCGCGCUGCAGACGCUUGGUACUGCUGCGCUCAUCGUAGCGAGUUCGUAUCUCGCGAACGAUCUGGGCUGGAGGUGGUGGUACGGCGUGUUCGGAUGCCUGAGCGGAGCUAUUGCAGUCCUCAGCAUCAUUUUCGUCGCGGAGACUAAGUACGAGCGCACGCUUGAGGCACUGAACGGUCAAGGCAUCGACGAAGACGGCACCCUCGUCCCCGUCACAACCAACACCAAGCGCCCUCUCGACACCAUCAACUACGCACCCCGCUCCUUCGUCAAAGACAUGCUCCCCUGGAAAGGCCACGCCCACUGGUCCGAAGCAAUCUCCUGCUGGAAGCAAAUGUUCCAAAUCAUCUGGUUCCCCAACAUCCUCUGGCUCAUUCUCAUCAAUUCCGCCGCCCUCGGUAUUUACGUCCUCAUGUCCGCCCUCUUCGCCGGCGUCCUCGUCCAACCGCCCUACCUCUGGAACUUCGAUAUGUUGGGCUAUGUCUUCGCGGGACAGGUCGCAACGGCUGUUGCAGUCCCGCUCUUCUGCGGUUCCCUGAGCGAUUUGAUCGUCAAGACGAUGAGCAAGAGGAAUGACGGUGUGAGCCAGCCGGAAUACCGUCUCCUCGCUCUUAUCAUCCCGCUGGUGUCUAUCCUCAUCUCGACCAUCAUCUACGGUAUGACCGCACAGAAUCCCAACAAUUGGAGUUGGGCUGGCAUCGCUGUCACGCUCAACGUCGAGUACUUCGGUUUCGUCGGUAUUGUCGUUUCCAGUUUCGUGUACUGCAUGGAUGCUUACCCUCAGCGCAUCGAUGCUGCGCUCGUUCUCAUCUGCUCGCUCAGAGGCUUCAUUGGCUUUGGAAUCUCGUUCGGUUCGAUCGCUUUCGUUGAGAAGGCUGGGUAUGAGGGUGCGUUCAAUAUCUGCGGCGGCAUUGUGGCCGCACUGAUGUUCUUGGGCAUCUUUGUUUAUCUGUUUGGCGAGAAGAUCCGCAGUAUAACGCAGAAGUGUGCUCAGGAUGAGUAG